UGAAAAAGAAUCUCUCUCAGCCUGAUCAUGGAGGCUACAGUGUCUCCUCUGCCACCAAUCUGCCCCGGAUCUUCGGAGAAGAAUGCCCACAUCCUCGUUGGGGUAACUGGGAGCGUAGCUGCGCUAAAGUUGCCUCUUUUGGUGGCAGAGCUUCUGAAGAUACCUGGACUGGCAGUUCGGGUGGUGACAACAGAAAAUGCAAAACACUUCUAUAAAGCCGAAGAGAUUCCUGUAACAAUCUACGAUGACUCCGAUGAAUGGCAGAUGUGGAAAAAGCGCACCGACCCUGUGCUCCAUAUUGACUUGAGGCGUUGGGCUGACCUCAUGCUGGUGGCUCCUUUGGAUGCAAACACCCUUGCCAAAAUUGCAAAUGGCAUUUGUGACAACUUACUGACGUGCGUCAUCCGUGCCUGGGACGUGAGCAAACCUUUGCUCUUCUGCCCUGCCAUGAACACCCUUAUGUGGGAGCACCCCAUCACGGCUCGGCAGGUGGGGCAACUGAAAGAAUUCGGCUACGUCGAGAUCCCUUGCAUAGUGAAGAAACUGGUUUGUGGAGACGAAGGCCGAGGGGCCAUGGCAGAGAUUUCAACCAUUGUGGAAAAAACAGAGGCGGUGCUGUUGCAACGGGGCCUGCUGAAGCCGAGCUGAUCCCGAACUUGCAGGUACUCUCGUGCUUU